CUCCAAAGAUAACACUAUGGCUGCUACAGUGAACUUGGAGCUUGAUCCCAUUUUUCUGAAAGCCUUGGGCUUCUUGCAUUCAAAGAGUAAGGACUCUGCUGAAAAGCUGAAGGCACUUCUUGAUGAGUCUUUGGCCAGAGGAACUGACUCGAGCUACCGUCCGUCUCAGAAGGAAGUAGAGCAACCAAAAGUAUCUGUUACCAAACCUAUUUCCAGUAAGCAAGAGCCUAAAACUUCUAGUUUGCCUUCUGGCAACAACAAUGGCAAGCCCACUGCAUCAGAAAAGGUGAAAAAAGAAGCAGAAAAGAGGUCUGCUGAUAAAAUAAAAGGGGAUUCCACUGAAGGAGCCGAUACACCAAAGAAGCCCAGAGUAGAGAAGCCAGAGGCUCGUUCCUCUCCUAUUACGGUUCAAACAAGCAAGGAUUUGUCCAUGCCUGAUUUGUCUAGCUUUGAGGAAACCAGUGCUGAUGACUUUGCUAUGGAAAUGGGAUUGGCCUGCGUUGUUUGCAGGCAAAUGACAGUUAUUUCUGGGAAUCAGCUAGUGGAGUGUCAGGAGUGCCAUAAUCUCUACCACCAGGAUUGCCACAAACCUCAGGUGACAGACAAGGAAGCGAAUGAUCCUCGACUUGUAUGGUAUUGUGCCCGCUGUACCAGGCAGAUGAAAAGAAUGGCUCAGAAGACACAAAAGCCACCUCAAAAACCAGCUCCUGCAGUGGUUUCAGUUGCACCAGCUGUGAAGGAUCCACUGGUCAAGAAGCCAGAAAUUAAGUUAAAACCUGAGACCCCAACAACUUUUCUAGCAUUUAAGAGAACAGAAGUCAAGACCUCAGCAGCAAUCUCGGGGAACUCGGCCAGUACAAGUGUUUCCUCUUCAGCAACCAGUGGCCUUACGGGAUGGGCUGCUUUUGCAGCCAAAACCUCCUCUGCCAAUCCAUCAACUGCCAAACUGGGAUCAACAGCACAGAGCACCAGUGGGAAACCUGCAGCUUCUUCAAAUAACCAGAAACCUGUGGGUUUGUCAGGAUUAGCAACUUCCAAAACAGGACUAGGGUCAAAAAUAGCUUCUGCCAACAACAGCACAAACCCUGUUCAGCUGAAACCUCCUCCACCUCUGACACUGGGGAAAACCACUCUCAGUCGUUCGGUAAGCAGCGACAACGUCAACAAAGCAGGUCUUCCUAGUCCCAGCAGUACUGUGCCGAGCUCCAGCAGCCAGGUGAGCAGUGGAAAUGGCAACAGUGGGACUGCAGGUAACAGUGGGGGCAGCACAAGUAAAACCUCAGCAGAUACCAGUAAUCAGUCAACCUCCCUAAAAGGCCCAACUUCUCAGGAAUCUCAGCUCAAUGCUAUGAAGAGGUUGCAAAUGGUCAAGAAGAAGGCUGCUCAAAAGAAGCUGAAGAAGUAGUAUGGCUGCUUGCUAAUUUUGUUGGUUGUGUUCUGUGAAACAGCAUCAUUGGUGUUUUUCUUAAAGGAAAUCCCCUGGUUACUGGACUGAAACAGUAGUCAAAUUGGGGAAACCCAAAACCUAUGUUAUACAGGAGGUCAAACUUUGAUAAUCCUAGUA